AUGGCCUCGGACACCCAGGCAGUCCCUGACGUGUCGGGAGGAGCGGCGCGCGGCGGUACGCGGAGUGGAGCUCAGGGCUGCGCAGGGGAGCGGAGCUGAGCGCCCGGGCUGGCCUGGUGAGCCGGGCGGAGCGGAGACGUCGGUCGGGGAGCGGCGAACAUGCGCGUUUGACCUCUCGGAGGCUUUCUUGAUCAUGGAUGGUGAAGAUAUACCAAAUUUUUCAAGUUUAAAGGAGGAAACUGCUUAUUGGAAGGAACUGUCCAUAAAGUAUAAGCAAAGCUUUCAGGAAGCUCGGGAUGAGCUAGUUGAAUUUCAGGAAGGAAGCAGAGAAUUAGAAGCAGAGUUGGAGGCACAAUUAGUACAGGCUGAACAAAGAAAUAGAGACUUGCAAGCUGAUAACCAAAGACUGAAAUAUGAAGUGGAAGCGUUAAAGGAGAAACUAGAACAUCAGUACGCACAAAGCUACAAGCAAGUCUCAGUGUUAGAAGAUGAUUUAAGUCAGACUCGAGCCAUUAAGGAGCAGUUGCAUAAGUAUGUGAGAGAGCUGGAGCAGGCCAAUGAUGACCUCGAGCGAGCAAAAAGGGCAACAAUAGUUUCGCUGGAAGACUUCGAACAAAGGCUAAAUCAGGCCAUUGAACGAAAUGCAUUUUUAGAAAGUGAACUUGAUGAGAAGGAAUCUUUGUUGGUCUCUGUACAGAGGUUAAAGGAUGAAGCAAGAGAUUUGAGACAAGAAUUAGCUGUUCGGGAAAGGCAACAGGAAGUAACCAGAAAAUCGGCCCCCAGUUCUCCAACUCUAGACUGUGAAAAGACGGAUUCUGCUGUCCAGGCCUCACUUUCGUUACCAGCUACUCCUGUUGGCAAAGGAACAGAGAACAGUUUUCCUUCACCAAAAGCUAUACCAAACGGUUUUGGUACCAGUCCACUAACUCCUUCAGCUAGGAUAUCAGCACUAAACAUUGUGGGGGAUCUCUUACGGAAAGUAGGGGCUUUAGAAUCCAAAUUAGCAGCUUGCAGGAAUUUUGCAAAGGACCAAGCAUCACGGAAAUCCUAUAUGUCAGGGAAUGUUAACUGUGGGGUGAUGAAUAGCAACGGCACAAAGUUCUCUAGAUCAGGGCAUACGUCAUUCUUCGACAAAGGGGCAGUAAACGGCUUUGACCCGGCUCCUCCUCCUCCUGGUCUGGGCUCCUCACGCCCCUCGUCGGCACCGGGUAUGCUGCCUCUCAGCGUGUGAGUGCCCAGCCUGCAGGUGGGGACUCCGGCCCUCCUCCAUCAACCCGGGACACCCACGCCUCACCCUUCAGCGCCUGGGCCCGGCCCGCGCCCCUCUGUCUGCCUCCCAGGGCCGGCAGAGGGCGGGCUGCAUGCAGUGGCGGCUGCCGGCCCUGCCCAGCCCCAGGACUCUGCGCGAUAUCAAUACUGGCUAUUUUCUCCUCUCGCCGUAGUGCCGUUGGUUUCACACGAUUGCACUUUGUGGGUCACACAGUGAUACAUACGUGUAUUACUUGGUCUCCGGAUACAGAAGUACCCGUUCAUCACACCUGCCUCAGCCUCCACCCUGCAGUGCCGAUAGGGUUUAGUCGUAUUUAGGACAUUGCAAAUCUUCUAGAAGUUCUCUCCCAAAUCAGGUCAACGUGCGCCCUCCCGAGCUCCUGCCCCAGCGUCUUCAGUGCUCACGAUCACGUGUCCCCCAGCUCCGCCCCACACAGUUUGGGCCUGUUGCUGGCUGAGUCAGGAAGGUCCUGGAGUUAGGGAACAUUUGCUGCACCUUUUGAUUUGACUUCAGCAGUCGUCAUCCCGUAGACCUGCCUCCCAGAGCAGGGGCCUCCGGGGCCUGGGGGCCGGGGGGCGGGGCCUCUGUGCUGUCUUCUCCUCCGGCUUCCUCAGGCCAGGGGUGGAGGUGGUGGCGUUUCUGGCCCUUCAGUUAAGUGACGGCUUCACAGCUUUUUUGUUUUGUCUUCUGAGGGCCUCUCUAGUGUAGGAAGGGAGGAGUGAGUGCCCUGAUUCCAGGGGCUGGCUGGUGCGGCUCCGGGGGGCAGACUGGGUGGCUGUCCCUGUGUGUCCUUUGAUUGCUCUCAUGCUGCGUUUACUGUUUACAUUUGUUUUAUUGUACAUAGAUUUGUAAACAUUGCCUAAGAUAUUUGUAUAUAACUUGGGCUUUGUAGCUUUUAUUUAUUCAGAACUCAUAUGGCAUGUUAAUGACUUACGAUGGUGUCCUACUCUGGGCAGCUGUAUAGGAUCAUCAUGUGGUUAAAAAAAGAAGAAGAAGAAAAUACUUCCCCUCAAAAAAAAUCUUUUAAUGUGGAAAAAAUAAAUUUCACACAAAAAAGUAUCAAGGUUGUGUUACUGUGUUCCUGCCAUCCUGUGAGAGAAGAACUGAAGUUACAAAGCCGAGUUCGGCUGCCACUGCUGCUCUGACGAGGGACGUGCGGGUGGGCCAUAGCCCUGCCGCUGUCCGGUGCGCCGCUGAGCUAACUCUCGGUGCUGGCUUCUCCUCCUUGCUGUGACUCCAGGAGCAGCUGGCGAGUGGCUCCGACCCCUCAUGCAAACCUGGGAGGAAAGACUGGGACUUUGAGGGGGCAGUUUGCUAGGUCGCAGGAUAACCAGGAUAGAUCCAGGAAUGGGUCCAUCAGCUGUGCUGCCUUUCGUGGCACAUGUUGGUGUUCUGGGGUUAGAGGUUAUAGUUAGAGGUUACUUGGGUUGGGACUUUUCUCCCUUAGGUUGAUGUUGGCAAGUGAGAGAAUGUGCCAGAUGUCCGGUAGCAAAGCAUAAGGUGACUGGACUUGAGAAAUGUGUAAAUGGAGUCUAUGAGUGUAUCAGAUUCUGGACAUUGCUUAUAACAAAGAGCAUAGCAGUAUAGUGUAUAGUUUUAAAACCAUAAAUAAAUGAGAAGUGAAUCCAAUUCCUAAGUGAAUAAAAAACCUCA